AUGGGUGACAAGUUUCUUUACUGUUAUGACUGUGGGAAAUGUUUUCUUCGUAAAUCAGACCUUGUCACACAUUACCGAUCUCACAUGGGGGAGAAACCAUAUUCCUCUUUUAGGUCUAGAAAAUGUUUUUCACAGAUGUCCAGUAUAUUUAGACAUCAGAGAUUUCACCCAGGGGAGAAGCCGUACUCCUGUCCUGAGUGUGGGAAAUGUUUUUCAAAGAAGUCCCAUCUAAACGCACAUCAGAGGUCUCACACGGGCGAGAAGCCGUAUUUCUGUUCGGAGUGUGGAAAACAUUUUUCACGGAAGUCAAAUCUGACCGUACAUCAGAUAUGCCACACGGGUGAAAAACCAUUUUCCUGUCUUGAGUGUAUGAAAUGUUAUCCACGGAAAUCAGACCUUGUUAGACAUCAAAGAUCUCACACGGGGGAGAAGCCGUAUUCCUGUCACGAGUGCGGGAAAUCUUACUCAAGGAAAUCAGACCUUGUCAUACAUCAAAGAUCUCACACAGGGGAGAAGCCGUAUUCCUGUCCUGUGUGCGGGAAGUGUUUUUCACAGAAGUCCAUCAAAGGACAAGAAAAGCCAAAGUCCGCGCUGCCGGAGUAUACUGAUGAUGAUGUCCCCGAGAACCGGGCCGCUCCCGUCACACCACGUUCAGAUUUAAGUCCCUCCCCCGCUGUAUUAGUAGAGGGGGAUGGUGCCGGAAUUCAGAAGAAGAAGACCUUUUCCUGCCCCGAGUGCGGGGAAAGUUUUACCUCUGAUCAAGGUCUUUCUGUACAUAAGAGGUCUCACACGGGUGGGAAGCUUCUUUCCUGUUCUGAGUGUGGAAAAUAUUUUCUUUAUAAAUCAGAACUUGUCACACAUUACAGAUCUCACACGGGGGAGAAGCCAUAUUCCUGCCCUCAGUGCGGAAAGUGUUUUACACGGAGAACAAACUUACUUGGACAUCAGAGAUGUCACACGGGGGAGAAGCCAUAUUCCUGUCCUGAGUGUGGAAAAUGUUUUUCAGAGAAGUCCUAUCUCAUUACGCAUCAAAGGUUUCAUACAGGUGAGAAGCCUUAUGUUUGCCCCCAGUGUGGAAAAAGUUAUACACACAAAUCAAACCUUGUUAUACAUCAAAGAUCUCAUACGGGGGAGAAGCCGUAUUCCUGCCCUGAGUGUGGAAAAUGUUUUUCACAGAGGUCCUAUCUGAAAACACAUGAGAGUUCCCAUACGGGUGAGAAGCUGUAUUCCUGUUCCGAGUGUGGAAAAUGUUUUUCAAGGAAGUCCAGUCUUAUUGAACAUCAGAAAUGCCACACAGGGGAAAAGCUGUUCUCCUGCUCUGAGUGCGGGAAAUGUUACGCACGGAAAUCAGAACUUGUUUUGCAUCAAAGAUAUCACACAGGAGAGAAGCCGUAUUCCUGCCCCGAGUGUGGAAAAUGUUUCCCACAGAAGUCCAGUCUCAACAUACAUCAGAGGUCUCACACAGGUGAGAAGCCGUAUUCCUGUCCUGAAUGCGGGAAGUGCUUUUCACGCAAGUUCAAUCUUACUAAACAUCAGAUAAGUCACACACGUCCGAAGUUGUAUUCCUGCUCCGAGUGUGAGAAAAGUUAUCCUCGGAAAUCAGAACUUGUUUUACACCAAAAAACUCACACAGGGGGGAAGCCAUAUUCCUGUUCUUAA